ACGAACUUGUCUUCCUGAUGCACGGCCCCAACUGGCUGGGUGCUGUGCUCUUCCUUGGGGUACAGCUCCGAGCACUGUGGCCUGUGGCAGCUGUGGAAGUUCACACUUCCAAGCAGGUAGAUGCUGUGAACGGAACUAAUCUACGCUUAAAAUGCACCUUUUCCAGCAGCAGCCCUAUUAGCCAGCGACUGUCAGUGACCUGGAACUUCCAGCCCGAGGACCUGAGCUCUCAUGAGCCAGUAUUCUAUUACCUCAAGGAGCCCUACAAGAUAUCUACUGGGCGGUUUAAAGAGCGAGUCACCUGGGAUGGGAAUAUUCAGCGUAACGAUGUUUCCAUCGUUAUCUGGAAUUUGCAGCCCUCUGACAACGGGACAUUCACAUGCCAGGUGAAGAACCCACCAGACGUUGAUGGCACAAUUGGUGAAGUGCGACUCAAAGUUGUGCAGAAAGUGCAUUUCUCAGAAAUCCACUUCCUGGCGGUGGUCAUUGGGUCUGCUUGUGUUCUGAUGAUCAUUGUGGUUCUAGUUGUGAUUUUCUGUCGACAUCAUCGGAAGAAACAGCAAGAGAAGAGGACUGAGGUGGCAGACACAGAACUUACUGAAAAGGAGAAGCUGAAGAGUAGAGAAGAAAAGGAAGCCACUCCAUUAGAAGACUAGAGAUCUUUAACAGUAUAUACAAUGCAGAUGGUGAAUGCUUGUAAUUUCAGAUGUUAAGACCAAGCUGAAGUACAGACGACGGAUGCUGCAAGUGUGGUAUCCCUGCUCAAUCUGAAAUUCUUGAAGGAAAAGAGAGUGACAUAAACAUAAGUUGCAAGGUGUUAUUUCCUUCAGUGAAGCAAAGCAGGAGGAAAUUGCCCCACGAGCAAGGACCUUUUAGUCUUCACACCUGCAGAAUUUAAAGAAAUUUGCUGUGAAGAAAAAAAAUCCCAAAGAUUUGAACAAAAUGACUGGAGAUUUGCAAAGUAUCUGAGCAAACACACACUCUUGCACUUUAAAAAUUAAAAGGUACACUUGGGUUGCCCUGUUGUUCCUCCCUCAAAAACUUCUUUAAUAUUACAAAAAGACGACUGUGUAGACGAGGGAAUCAGAGGAUCAGCUAGUUGCUAUAAAGUAUUUUAAAUUCCUUUGCUGCUUUAAGUGGAAAGUGCUACAGUUUGGGAAUGUAUGCAGUUUAACAGGGGUAACGUUUAGCAAUGGAUGUGUUUUCAUAUAGGUCUUUUUCAACUUUGUUAAGCUUUGUAAAAUAUGAUAGCUGAAAACACUGCCUUCUACUGAGCAGAACGUGGCCAUGGGUUUCGGCAGCUCGCCUCCUCUUCCCAUUCUCCUUCUUCCGAUACACCGACCCGACCUCCUCUUCACUCCGCUGCCCCCGUCCUGGUUCCCCAGGUUUUUUCAAAGGAAUCACUGAAUUCUGAGGUGUAACGCAGUGCUUCUUUUCGCUAGUCAUCAGGCGUGCGUGCGUGCGCGAGUGCAGGUGCCCGGGGCGAGCGACGAGGCCCCCUGUCCCGCGGGAGCUGAAUCGGGUAUCAGCCGGCAGCGGCUGGCAGCGCUGCAUCGGGCUCCUCAAAGUGGCACUAAUGUCUCACUUUCUCUGGACGCUAUUUAUUGUUCCAGGCUAAGAGCAUAAAAGCGCAUCUUAUUCCGACCUUCGAUGCAUUUACCACAUCCUCUCUACUUCAGCAGACUUCAUCAGACCGAGACGAAGCCCAGAGUCAUUAAAACCAGCCGAGCUUUUGCUGUAUUUGUCCAGCACUAAAUCAAAAUAUCGGCCUGUUUGUGUAAAGAGUGUAUUUAUGACUUUAUGACUUUACCUGUAAUGUGCUGGCUACAUUAUCUGUUUGUACGUUUUCUUUUUCUAUCGCGCGCGUCAUAA